AAAUUAUUUUAUUUUUUAAUAGUUUAUUUAAGAUUUGUUAAGAUUGCAAAAAGAAAAUUGUUGUAUAAUAUUUUAGAUAAAAAAGUUAGUAAGGAUUUAUAGGAUUUAUUGAGCGAGUUUUAAAUUGCAAAAAAAUUGAGAAAAAUGUCUGAAGCUGCUGUGCGUGUACUGAAGACCGGCAUGCGUUUGCCACCAUUGCCUACCCUACGCGAUCUGGUGAAAUUGUAUAAAUUGCAGGCUUUGAAACAAUUAUCACAGAACUUCUUAAUGGAUGAGCGUAUAACAGAUAAAAUUGUUAAAAGUGCUGGACGCAUAGACCCCCGAGAUACGGUUUUAGAAGUCGGUCCAGGUCCGGGCGGCAUAACACGUUCUAUUUUAAGAAGACAGCCUCAACGUAUAGUUUUAGUAGAGAAAGAUGCCAGAUUUUUACCUACCUUAGAACUUUUACGAGAUUGCGCCAAACCUUUAAAUCUACAAGUUGAUAUUUUCGUUGAUGAUAUUUUACGUUUUGAUAUAGAGAAUCAUGUGCCCGACACAUCUCAUCGUUUACAUUUAAUAGGUAACUUACCAUUUUCUAUCUCCACCAGAUUGCUUAUCAACUGGUUUGAGGAUUUAUCAUUAAGACGCAAGGCUUUUCGUCGCAAUGACACCUGCAUGACUUUAACUUUCCAAAAGGAGGUGGCAGAUCGCAUAUGUGCUCCCUUGGGACACGAGCAAAGAAGUCGUCUCUCUAUUAUGUCACAAAUUUGGACACAACCCAUACUCAAAUUUACCAUACCGGGCAAAGCGUUUGUGCCCAAACCCGACGUCGAUGUGGGUGUUGUUAAACUAGUGCCGCUGAAGCAGCCCAAAACUGAUUUACCAUUUCCGUUGGUGGAGAAAGUAGUGCGCCAUAUUUUCAAUAUGCGUCAAAAAUAUUGUCGCCGGGGCUAUGGUACUCUCUUUCCUCCAGAACAACGUGACGAAAUGUGCUAUGAGUUAUUUAAACAGGCAGAUGUGGAGAGCACUCUAAGACCUUUUCAAUUAUCUGUAGAUGAGUGCAUACGUUUGGCUACGGUUUAUAAGGAAUGCAUUGAUAAAAGUCCGGAUAUUGCUUUAUAUGAUUUCCGUGCUCCUAAAAAUCCUACACAAGAAGUUGAUGUUUGAAAUGUAUUAUUGCAACAAUUUAUUCGUUUUCAUUUAAUAUUUUGUUUAAUAAAAUAAUCUUUAUUUGUAUAAAA